GAGUUGACCUGUGUUUUUGUCUGAAGUUCCGUACUGCCGCAGGGCAUGACUAAUAAAAUACUAGAUGCUUUCAGACUCCUAAUCAUAUCAUUUGCUUAAUUUAGGGUUAUUCGCAGCGAGGAACCAGGCUCGGACUUGCAACGAAGGUUAAAAUAGGCUUACGGACGUGAGACAUCGACAGUGUGAGGAUUCGCGAUGGAGUCUGCUUGUGCAUAUCACACUCUGAGCUGCCCCGCACAGCAAAGAUCCAGAGUUCAACUUCCUCUUUCGUCAAUAUGAAUCCCCAGCAAGCCCCGUAUCCAACCAUUGAGUGUAUGUCUUCAGUCGUUUACGAACUACAGAUUGGUUUCAGCUCUCGGCAGGAUCCUUUCUGUCUGUGAGUUUCUGCCAUUAAGAGUACGAGGUGUAGGUAUGACUCACGUAAAACAACUCAACUCCAUACAUCAUGCUGAAAAGAUUAUGAAAGCGUUUACACUUAGCUCUGAAGUCGCGCUACGCCUUGUGGGUAUUAUCUGCGGAAGCUUGGCAGCGUGUGCAUACGGACAUCAGCUUGGAUUGGGACAGGGAGGGUACAUCCUGCAAUUGGUGGAAACACGAGCAAGAAGUAGACAGGGAUCUGGUCGGAUUGUCUUCGAAUGAAAUCUCCUGUACAGCAUUGAUUAUGUUCAGAACUGCUGCAAAUGUUUCAAGGUUGGCGCAAAAAGUUAUUAUAUCUCGAACUCCGGACCAUUGGGAAGUGACAAUCUCCAUGAACUAUUCGACCUCUGGGCGCUGAGUUACAAUCAGCGGAGUCGGAACUGGGUGAUAAGACGAGAACUAACCAGAUGAGGCUGGAAAAGCGGCGACGGAAGCGUCGUGGGCGGCAUGCUUAUAUUUUGGCGCUUUACGUUGCACUUUCAGAUCCUCUCAUGGACUGAGAUAUCUUCGCUCGCCGUCGUCCACAUCCAGCUCAGGAUCCGGGGUGUGCUGCUUCGCACGCUAUCCCUUCGGCUCUUAAUCGCCAUCGUCGUCGCUUACCGCUCCCCUUUUAUUUCUCCGCGUCGAGGGCUAGUUCUCGUCACUGCUCUCGCAAAUAAAACUUUCAGGUUGAAUGCCUCACAACACAAACAGAGGUCGGCAAUGCACCAACCGAGCAGAAACCUCCGCAACUUCCCUGGGGCUCACAAUCACAACCUCGCUUGACGGGGUCUGCCAACUUGUCGGUUGUCGAGUUUGCAGUUUAGUGUUAAUUGUGUGGUGGAGAGGGGAGAGGAAGAGGAGGAGAAGGAGGAGUUGUAGCAGCAGUAGGCUGAUCGGAAUGGGGAGCAGCAACUUUCAGCAUGGUAGUCGAGAAGAGCUCAAUUUAUUCCAACCCUUGUUCGAAACGCGACAACGUCUUCAAUUUUUGUCUUCAGAAAUUCGUUUGCAAGCACCUAAUCCACCGACAAUUGGAGGAUCGAAGCCCGAAAAUAAAGUUCUAAUCUUGGAAACGCAGGAUGAUUGCGGCUCCGACACAGCUGUAGCUUCAUUACUGAACAACUCCACAGCCAGUUUCAGUUUUCAUACUGCGGCACCAACUGUAGAGGAUUCAGUCGAUGGGAAUGAUGUUGAACCUGACGGUGGGACACAGCACGAGCAACCACCAGACAACGAGCACACUCACUUGGGCAAUAAAAAGCUGCAUGCAGUUCUAUGUCGCCUAAACGCAGCAAAAAGUAUUUAGUAUCACUGUGAGUGGUGAUCACAUAGCGGCACAUAUGCCAACAAGCGACAAGGGUGCCACUGGCACCCGUUUCCAGUGGCUAGAAGUCUUAUAGCAGGGGUAAGUAAGGGUCACAAGUUGAGUGUCCGUGCCUCAUCCAUUCAUUUCAACCUUUGAUCAACACUUAUAGUUUUGCAAUGGAAGUCCUGGCAGUACUGAUAAGCCUGAGAUGCUUGAUGUGUCAUGUUUCCAAGCGAAAGCGACGAAGGCCAUCCGGGAGAAGCUGAUGCUGAGCUCGACACGUGCUGGUCGAAUGCCCGGAGUUGCCUUGACUGACGAGACAGUCUAGAGCAGUGUCAAUGAUGCAGCUCGUCGUGGUCUCUCCUCCUCGGCGCUUCGCCGGAUCAAGAGCAGCAGCGGAUGCGAUAGCAAGGGUCCCGGAGAUGGUGAGCUGCAGGGUCGAUUGUCAUGCCGUUGUUCAUCCUGCUUGUGUUGAUCUGAGGAGGAGGAGCACGUUGAGCUGUGGAUUCUGGUGUGAUCUGGCCAUGCAUCAUACUGUGCAGAUGAUCUCGGCACUAGUUGUGAAGUACCUGCAAUGCAAAUCUAGUGCAUGAGAAUGCAAUGCAUUUGUGCAGACUCGGAGGAGAUGCACAUCUGUGUUGGAUGUUAGUUGAAAUCCUGGACCCGAUCACUUGUAUUUGUCGAUUGCAGGCUCUUCUGAACUGUGGGUGCGUGAUGCUUUUGUUGCAUGGCAUCUGUAUAACGAAAUAUUAUUAGGAAAAAAAUAAAAAAAAAAAAAAGAAGAAGAAAAAAACAGAAAGGAAGAUAAACAAGAGGGAACAAUAGGAAGAGAAUAUUGAUGAGUUGUUUACACAUCAAUGUAGAUUUUUAGUUGUAUUUCUGUGCAUACUUCAGGUGCUGGGGAACUUCACAAUGUACCCGCUGUUAGGAAUCAUUUUCUUACAUGUAUUUUCGUGAGAAAUUAAGAUGCAGUGAAUAUGCAAAAAUUAGAAACCAAGUGAUAAAAUAGAGGGAUAAGAGUUGGAGACAACG